CUGCAGCCCUUCCCGGGAGCCCCACCCAGCCCCGUGCCCGGCCAGGGGGGCAGAGCAGACAGUGGCAUGUGGCAGGUGUGACCCUGCCCACCUGUGCCAGCUCACCAUGGAGCAGGGGCAGCCCCAGGAGGCCCUGCUGACGGUCAACGAGCAGGUGAUUGUCAUGUCCGGCCAUGAGACCAUCCGGGUGCUGGAGGUGGGGGUGGAUGGGGACCCCAAAACGGCCGGGGAGGGUGCGGGGGGGUCCCCGGCACAGGGGGGCCCCCCAGGUGCGGAGGACGCUCCCACCAGCACCCCGAGCUCGUCCGGAGGGGAGGCGGCAGGUGAGAGACCCCCCACCCUUCCCUUCCCGGGACCCCCGGGAUCCCCCUGUGCCCCCGGGAUCCCCCUGUACCCCCCGGUCUCUCCUCCUCCGGAUCCCCCUGUGCCCCCGGGAUCCCCCUGUACCCCCCGGUCUCUCCUCCUCCGGAUCCCUCUGUGCCCCCGAGGGGUGUCCCAGGCCGGGCGGGGGGGCCCCGUGGGGGUGUUGGCUCAGGAAAGCUUAGCCACAGGUGUGACAGGAGUAAUGGUUCCGGCAGGGACAGUUACUCAACCUCUUCUUAUCCCCAUCAGUAUUGCAGGUCAGGUGACAGGCCAGCAGGCGCUGGCCCUGGUGACAAUUCCCACAGCAACGCUCGCCGCGCUCCCGGGACUGACGCCGGCGGCACCUGCGGGGGCGAUUUUCAAACCGUUCGAGAAGCUGGACAUCCCCUGUGUCCCCCUCUGUGUCCCCCCUGAGUGUUCCCCUAAGUGUCCCCUGUGUCACCCUGAGUGUCCCCAUGUCCCCUACCCCCGCAGCCAGCGGCACUUUGGCCACUGGUUCUGUCCUUGGGCCACCAGUUCCCUGCACCACCACACCUGGACUUGUGUCCACACCUGGACCCAUGUCCAGCACGUCUGGGGCAGUGUCCACCACACGUUGCACUGA